AUGGCGGACCAAGAGGAGACUUUUGGCCUCCAAAACUCUCCUGGUGGCUCGGAUUCAAGGGAAGUACAGAGCGAUAAUAAAUCAGAGAAACAGAACGGGACCUCAAGCAAAUCCCCGUCGUCGCAGACUACUUACAUCCAGCAGGGAAUGGAGGGAAUAAAAGUCUACCUACACGAGAGGGAACUGUGGAUGAAGUUUCACGAGGUGGGGACGGAGAUGAUCAUCACCAAAGCCGGAAGGCGAAUGUUCCCCAGCUUCAAAGUGAAGGUCACGGGACUAAACCCCAAAACUAAAUAUAUUCUCCUGAUGGAUGUUGUUCCUGCGGACGACCAUCGAUACAAAUUCGCCGACAAUAAAUGGUCCGUGACUGGGAAGGCAGAGCCUGCCAUGCCGGGGAGGCUCUACGUUCACCCGGACUCUCCCGCCACUGGGGCGCACUGGAUGAGGCAGCUCGUCUCCUUCCAGAAGCUGAAACUGACCAACAACCACCUGGACCCGUUCGGACACAUCAUCUUAAAUUCGAUGCACAAGUAUCAGCCCAGGAUCCACAUUGUGAAGGCGGAUGAGAACAACGGCUUUGGCUCCAAAAACACGGCCUUCUGCACUCACGUCUUCCCCGAGACAGCCUUUAUUGCGGUUACAUCCUAUCAGAACCAUAAGAUAACCCAGCUGAAGAUCGAGAACAACCCUUUUGCAAAAGGUUUUCGUGGCAGCGAUGACAUGGAACUGCACCGGAUGUCCAGAAUGCAGAGUACCAAGGAGUAUCCAGUAGUGCCUCGCAGUACAGUGCGACAGAGGGUGGGCUCCAGCCAGAGCCCGUUUAGCGGAGAGGUCCAGGGCAUGGGCACCCCGAGCACCCUGAGCUCCCAGUACUCCCAGUGCGAGAACGGGGUCACGAGCACCUCGCAGGACAUGCUGCCUCAGUCGGGCUCCUACCCGCUGCCGCAUGAGCACAGCCAGGAGUACCACUGCAUCAAGAGGAAGGUGGAGGAUGACUGUCACUCAGGUGAGCACAGCUAUAAGAAAGCCUACCUGGAGAGCUCAUCCAGUGAGGAGGACCAUUACUACCGUCCUGUUGGUUACGCCCAGAGCCUCGGCCUGGCCAGUGGGCCCUACCGCAGUGAAUCCAGCCAGCGGCAGGCCUGCAUGUAUGCCAGCGCAUCGCAGGGUGCUGAGCCUGUUCCCAGUUUGGAGGACAUCAGCUGCAACACCUGGGCCAGCGUGUCACCCUAUGGGAGCUGCUCCGUCACCACCAUGCAGCCGAUGGAGCGGCUGCCCUACCAGCACUUCUCCGCUCACUUCACCUCAGGGUCUCUGGUGUCCAGGCUCGGCGGGGUCGGGGGCCACGCCUCGCCACAGCUGGGCGACGGCCACCAUGCAGCCAUGUACCAGAGCUCCAUGACCCACCAGACUCUGGGCCGCCAGUGCAGUCCUGGGGCUGGGAUACAGUCACCAACAGCCAGCCUACAGGGAAACGAGUACCUCUAUACACAUGGCAUCCCACGUACAUUAUCGCCACACCAGUACCACACUGUACAUAGUGUCAGCAUCAUGCCAGAGUGGAAUGAGAACAGCUAAAAGAGCUUUUUUUCACCCUCAACAGGUGAAAAUAUUAAAAGGAAAAAACUAAAAAGGACCAAAAUAAGGCAGGGUUUAGAUGAAUUUAUAUUUAUAUUUUUAGAGAUGCUGUUCAUCUUAAUGAAAUCGGUGUUGGUUCACUGACAACAGUGGAUAUUUGUGAGAUGGUGUUGACUAGGAGAGAAGGCAUCUGAUCACUUAACUUGUUGUGAUAGCAUCUGCACUUAUGAGAAAAUAACAUAAGCAUGAACCAAGAGGAGCUGGACCAGAAGUUUCGCAAAGACUGCUCAAGUGCAGACAAAGAGAACACAGUGGAAAUGCAGACACUGAUCAGAAGAAGAGAAAUGCUUCCGAUGCUUUCCCACCAAUCCCCUGGUUGAUUGUGUCUUCGUGCAGUGGUGUUUUUUUUUGGAUGUCAGUGUUUCAGAGACAAGGGAAUAUGUUUUCAU